AGCCGCCGCAAGAGCGCAGCAAAGCUGGCCUCCUUCUGACAGCUCAGCUAGCCACCAUCCUCUCAAGCUAGCUACCACCCCAUAUAUCUCUCCUCCCAUCCCCCAAGCCCUAAACCCAGCGCAGCAACUAAUCUCUCUCUCUCUCUCGUGUGCGCAGGCUUGAAAGCGUUUUCAAAGUGUGUCUGAGAGAUGGCAGAGGAGCCGCAGCCAGAGGCCGCGGCGGCGGCUGAGGUGGUCGUGACUGAGGCUGCGGCGGCGGAGGCGGAGAAGAAGGCGGAGGUGCCUGCGGCGGCGGAGGCCGAGGCGAAGAAGAGGGCUGAUGAGGUGGCGGUGGCCGCCGACUGCGCGGGGGGCAUUGAGGGGACCGGAUCGUUCAAGGAAGAGAGCAACCUCGUGGCCGACCUGCCCGACCCGGAGAAGAAGGCGCUCGACGAGUUCAAGCAGCUGAUAGCCGCCGCCCUCGCCGCCGCUGAGUUCAACCUGCCUCCACCUCCGCCGACGCCAAAGGCCAAGGAGGAGCCCAAGGCCGAGGAGACCAAGACACAGGAACCUGCCAAGGAGGAGGCCAAGAUCGAGGAGCCGGCCAAGGAGGAGGCCAAGGCCGAGGAGCCAACCACGUCCGAGGCGCCGGCGGAGGAGGCAGCUGAGGAACCAAAGACCGAGGCGGCCGCGGAAGCCCCUGCCGAGGAGGCCAAGGCGGAGGCGCUGACCAAGGAGACAAAGGCUGAGGUGGCAGCCGAGGAGGCCAAACUGGCCGAGCCGGAGCCCGAGGAGAAGACCAUCGUUGUCACCGAGGAGGAGGGCGCCACCAAGACGGUGGAGGCGAUCGAGGAAACCGUCAUGCCCGCCGCCGCCACCUCGGAGGAGACGGCGGCUCCGGAAGCAGAGGCGCCGGCGGCCGCGCCUGAACCCGUGCUGAUCUGGGGGGUGCCUCUGGUGGGCGACGACGAGCGCACGGACACAGUGCUGCUCAAGUUCCUGCGCGCCCGGGAGUUCAAGGUGAAGGAGGCUAUGGCGAUGCUCAAAUCCGCGGUGCUCUGGCGCAAGCGCUUCGGCAUCGACGCACUGCUCGACGCCGACCUCGGCCUGCCGGAGCUGGAGAAUGUGGUGUUCUACCGCGGCGCCGACCGUGAGGACCACCCCGUGUGCUACAAUGUCUACGGCGAGUUCCAGGACAAGGAGCUCUACGAGAAGGCCUUCGGCGACGAGGAGAAGCGGGAUCGCUUCCUCAAGUGGCGCAUCCAGCUGCUGGAGCGCGGCAUCCUGUCGAAGCUGGACUUCGCAUCCCGCGGCAUCUGCUCCAUGGUGCAGGUCACUGACCUCAAGAACUCGCCGCCCAUGCUUGGCAAGCACCGCGUCGUCACCCGCCAGGCCGUCGCACUGCUGCAGGACAACUACCCCGAAUUCAUUGCCAAGAAGGUGUUCAUCAAUGUGCCGUGGUGGUAUCUCGCUGCCAACAAGAUGAUGAGCCCGUUCCUCACACAGCGCACCAAGAGCAAGUUUGUUUUUGCUAGCCCGGCCAAGUCAGCAGAAACCCUCUUCAGAUACAUCGCACCUGAGCAAAUCCCUGUCCAAUUCGGCGGCCUCUUCAAGGAGGAUGAUCCUGAGUUCACCACCUCUGACGCUGUCGCCGAGCUCACAAUCAAAGCCUCAUCCAAAGAAACCAUCGAGAUUCCUGCCACCGAGAACUCCACAAUUGUAUGGGAACUCCGGGUGCUCGGUAGGGAGGUGAGCUAUGGGGCAGAGUUCACCCCCGACGCUGAGGGCGGAUACACUGUCAUCGUGCAGAAAACAAGGAAGGUGCCCGCAAACGAGGAGCCGAUCAUGAAGGGAAGCUUCAAGGUUGGCGAGCCUGGCAAGCUUGUGCUAACUAUCAACAACCCUGCGUCCAAGAAGAAGAAGCUCCUUUACAGAUCGAAGGUCAAGAACACCGGCGAAUGAGUGCAACAGUUGCAACCGCCUCGUUCCUACAGUUACAUGAUCAAUAGUUCAUCUCAGCAUGAUAGAAGAGAGAAACCUUUUGGUUUGGUUCUUUAAUUUAUGGGAGAUUCUAUGAUUUACCACCGAAUAACUUGUCAUGUUCCAUAUAUGUAAUCAUUGUGUCAGUGCACAAUGAUAUCAUACUAGGGAUUAAGCGAUUAUUCGGUGGUAUAUCAUGAAUUUAUCCUUAAUUUAUUGGUUUUGCUGUUUUUGGUUCACAUUCUAUAUUUGUUUAAUUAAACCAAAGUGAGCUUGUCAUCUCAGCAUGACGUUGUGAUGAAUGGUUUGUUGAGGGCAGGGGAGAAAAUUGUGGGAAGAAGUGGGGAAUGUCUGCUCUCCUGUAGAUCUGUCUGUACAUUGCAUCUCUGGAUUCUCAUUGAUAUGUAAUAUGCUCAAUUGAGUACUUGUCAUCAUUACAAUCCAUGUUAC